AUGGAGAUCGCCAACCAGGUUGAUUACCUCUUGGCUUCACCACCGCCUGACAACCCCUACGAUCGGCUGAAGGAAGCUAUUCUUUCCCGCACUGAAUGCACCGAGCAAUCCCGGCUCCGCCAACUUCUAUCCGAGGAAGAACUGGGCGAUCGGCGCCCAACCCAAUUACUGCACCGCAUGAAGCAGCUCCUCGGAGACUCGGCUGAUACUCAGCCCUCGAUCCUGCGGGAGCUCUUCCUCCAGCGGCUCCCACAGCAGGUCCGCUUGGUACUGGCCGGAUCUGACGAGGUCUCCCUCGAUAACCUUGCCCAGUUGGCGAACCGCAUCAUCGACUACUCCGCCCCCUCCGCGCCACCUUUCACGCGGACUGAGAACAUCGCGGCUGUUUCCCCGUCUGAUCCUACGCUCCUUGCCCUACAAGAGCAAGUCAAAGAGCUUACCCUUAGCCGCCCAAUCUGCAACGCCAUCAGCGCUCGUUCACAUUGGUCGCGCUAA